AAAAACAUGGGGAACGAAACCAACAAAGGCUGGUCCUUCUUCUUCCUUUGGUUUUUUGUUUGAGAAAUUGAGAGAGAAAUGCAUCGGUACCCAUCAAGAAGCUUCCCUCUUUUGUUUUUGUUUUUGUUCUGCUUCUUCCUCACCAUUAAAUUAUAGAAACAAUUUCACAAAAAAAGAAAAGAAAAGAAAUUGUAAGCAUUAAUAUCAUAUUCGAUAAAAGUAAUAGAAGAACGAGCUCGGACAAAGCUAGAGGAGGAGAUCGUUGGUUGUCUACGUUUGAAUCCAUGGAGCAGCUUGUCAACUUUAUCAUUCGGCCACCGAGAGCUGAAUAUGACCCAAAAAAUGAUUUAUUAGAUCAAGAGUUCAUGCUGAAAGGGAAAUGGUAUCAGAGGAAAGAUCUGGAGGUUAAAAACAGUCGGGGAGAUGUUCUUCAGUGUAGUCAUUAUGUUCCUAUCGUUAGUCCCGAAGGAAAGCCUCUCCCCUGUGUGAUAUAUUGCCAUGGGAACAGUGGUUGCAGGGCUGAUGCCAGUGAAGCUGCAAUAAUUUUGCUGCCUUCGAACAUUACAGUUUUCACUCUUGAUUUCUCUGGAUCUGGACUCUCUGGAGGCGACCAUGUCACCCUGGGGUGGCAUGAAAGGGAUGAUCUAAGGGCUGUGGUUGAAUAUCUGCGGGCAGAUGGAAAUGUGUCUUUGAUAGGCUUGUGGGGCCGUUCGAUGGGCGCUGUUACUAGCCUAAUGUAUGGAGCUGAGGAUCCUUCAAUUGCUGGAAUGGUUCUUGAUAGUCCCUUCUCUGAUUUAGUUGACUUGAUGAUGGAACUGGUAGACACCUACAAGAUCCGUUUACCCAAAUUCACUGUGAAGUUCGCAAUCCAAUACAUGCGAAGAGCUAUUCAGAAAAAGGCAAAGUUUGACAUAACGGACCUGAAUACCAUUAAGGUGGCAAGUUCUUGCUUCGUUCCAGUUUUACUUGGGCAUGCCAUUGAUGAUGAUUUCAUAAAUCCCCAUCACUCGGAUCGUAUAUUUGAAGCUUAUAUGGGAGACAAAAACAUAAUCAAAUUUGAGGGAGAUCAUAACUCUCCCCGCCCUCAAUUCUACUUCGAUUCUAUAAAUAUAUUUUUCCACAAUGUUUUGCAACCUCCAGAGGAUGAAGCAGCUGGAUCAUUUUUUGAUCCUAUGGACGAUUACUUUGGUAAGGAUAGUUGGAGAACUGUGCAUGAAGUAGGUUAUGGCCAUGAAUCUUCAACUACAUCUAAAGGACCAGCAACAAGCAGCACAGCAGAUGCCAUUAAAACACUCCGUUCAAGAAGACCUAUGAGUAGGACAGAGGUUCCUCAUGACUUCCCUUCUAAAGAUGAUCAAUCUGAAGAUGAGCACGGAAAAGUUGAUGACGAUCUUUGCCCAUCAUCUUCCGACAUGAUUAGCUUUGAGUUAUCCAAUGGCCAUCCUUUUGGCCCCGAAGUUCCUACUGCUUCGGAUGAUGAUCAAUAUGUAGAAUACCCACUUGAUGACUUGGCAGGUUUUCCAUCCAAUUUGGAAGAGGAAGAAAGAAUGUUUAUGGAAGCAGUGCUUGAAUCAUUAAAAGACUUGGAAAUGAAACAACCCCAGGCAGGAGAACCGCCUGGCAUUAGCGCCAGUUCUAUAAAGCCUUCACAUAAAGAUCUCCAGGAUGCUUCACCUACAGAACGUGGUGUGCCCUUAGAGACAGAAUCCACUUCCACUUCAGUGCAGGAUUGUGGACCUUCAAAAUCAGAAUCCACUAACACUUCAGUGGUCAAUGCCCAAAAUUUGGCAUCUGAGCGGCCAUCUCCUAAUAGGAAUGCGGCUGCAGGACCUGCAUUUGAUGCUCCUUCUCCUGGCAUGGAAACUGGAACCACAGGAACUUCUGCUCGUAGUGAUACUUCAGCAAGCACACAGAGCUCCUCGGAUGCUGACAUGUCGGCCAAUACAAAAGCAACAUUAACUGUUGAACGGAACCCGGCAGGCCAUAUUAUGGAUGGUUUGAUGCGUCGAUGGGAUCUCAACUUCUUCCGAAACAGUAACAAUCGAUGAGAUGAAACGUUGUGUUUUAUUUUUUUGGUGGACAAUCUGAUGAUUUAUUUGUGUUGUACCUAAGCAUCAGGAAAUGUAGUUUGUAAAUUGCUUCCUACAAAAAGAAAGGGAAAAAAGAAGGGUGCUGUGUAUGUGUGUAAGAAGGCUUGUAUUUUUUUUUUCUUCUUAUUAUUAAUUUUUUUUUUUUAAUCUCAUUUUAUUACAACGCUACAUUCACUAUUAGGAAACAGAAAAGUUGGUUGUCUGUUACUUCAAUGUAAGAAAUGAUCUUUCAAUACCAGUCAAAAACAAUUGGCAUUUGGUAAUUGGUUA